ACACCGCCCUUCCCCCACCACCUCCACGGACCUGUCAACAGUGCGUCAGCAGGCUGUUGCCUCGCUGGGAGGCUGUGCCUCUUCCUCUUGAUGAUUUACUUUGUUAUUACACAAGCUGACAGUGGAGAUUAGUCAGUGUUUGAAUACAGAGGAGCAUUAUUACACCCCGAUGAGACGAGGAUCCUGCACAAUGGUUGAUGCUCAGCUUCAGUGUCUCCUGGUAGACUUUCCUCUCUGAAGAUCCCCUGAAGUAACAAACAUAUCAUCGGCUGUUAUUGAGCCUCCAUGCAGGCCUGUUGUUUUGAGUUUCUUUCACAUUAUUUAUUUAUUGUUUUAUUUGGUAGGGACAGUGCACAUUAAUGAAACAUUUCUGUAAAUGCGCCAGAGUUAGCCAAGAGGCUAUGUUUCAUCCGUAGUCCCCGGGCAGAUGUUACAAAGUCAACCUAAAAACAGAAUAUAAGAUUAAAUUUACAAAGCAAAUAUUUACGCAAUUACGCAAUAUUUACCCUUUAAAAAGCAUGCAGACACAAUAAAAGAAGAGAGAAUAUUAAUAUAAGUAGAAACAUCAUUCAGGACGCUCUUACAUUGUCAAGUACUAACAAGACAUGCAACACAGAGGCUCACAUAACAACACAUACGAAGCCAUUAAACUAUAGGGCUAAUUAUGUUGCAUUAUUAGACACUUAAAAACAUACAUGUCAGAAACACAAAACAGUAAAGCAUGCAGAGUAUGUAAAAUAUACAAGUCAGACUAGCUAAACAUGUUAACAUUAACAUUUGAAAUCUUCGCUUUUCACUGAUAUUUAAACAAUAGUGGUCAUCUUUGUGGUCAAAAGUUAAAUAUUCAUGCAGUUAAAAAAAAUUAAAUCUUAUGCCUCUUGAUAGCAGUCACAUCAUCUUCUCCUGCUUCAGGAGAUCAGCUCACUCGUUUCUCCCUGUGCCCCCAUGUCUCAGUUUUUGUUUGUUUGUUGUACAACUUCAGGCUAUGUUUUCAACGUUUUUCUAUCAAUGAUCAGCUUUAUUAGCUGCGUGGUUAAAAAACAGCAGUGCAGCUCUUUUGGAGGAAGGAAAGGGUAAGAAUUGCAGAUUAAGUUUGUUCCUUUAUCUGCAAUUUGUUGUCAUGAGAGUUUUUAUCCCGUGGACUGUGUCAUUUCAUUGAUGUUUGAAAUGCAAAGCACAUGCAGUAAACUAUUUAUAAUAUAUAUUUUUUAACAGCUUAGCCAUGCACCGUUUCUGUUUUGCCACUAGAGACUGUUGUGUUCCAAUCAAAGCACCAACUCUACACUGCACUGUACACAUCAACGUACAGUACAGUAGGUGAGCUCAGGCUUUGGCUCUGGUUCACACAGACAAGUGUAUUUGUCAUCGCUGUGCUGCCAGCACCAAUAAAGCCUAAAAUCCUACUUUUCCACAAAAGACAAACAAACAAAAACACAAAUUGCUAUAUUUUCCUACACAGCCGUUGUAACUAAAACCGGCCAGCUGCCACAGCUAACAGUGUCUAGACAAGAUCCAAGAAGAGUAACGUAAUGUCACCUCUCAUAUGGAUUGGAAAGGUUAUACGUUCACCUUGCAACAUCAGCCAAAUUGAGGGAUUUCUGACCUGCAGACACAGACAAAGGCCUUUUUAUGGCAGAGACGGCCGAGAAAUCAUCAGCGGCCUAAUUUACCACGUUUAAUUCAAGAUUGUGGAAAAGGUCAAAUUAUCAUAUCGGUUGCAGAGGGUGCGAGACGGAACCAGAGAGUGCAUUUCAGCUGCCAGCAGCCAAUGUAUCCCCUGGCAGCGAUGUGUGCUGCUUUAGUGUCUUUGAGCAAGGCGCUGGAUGCUCCCUUUUUACAGAGACUCAUCUUCUCAGCAGCAGCGCCUCUUGUUUACAAAUGGUCCUUUUUCUAAUCAAAAGAGAGAAUAAUCCGGAGUACAUCAUCAAUAAUGAAGACAGAACUUUAAAGCCAGUGAAGGAAAUGUCUGUCAGCUAGAAUUAGAGCAGCAGAGCGGAGCUGCCAUUUCUCCCGAGCCCUCUAACAGCCCUUCUCUGGUCUGAGACCAGGCAGCGGUAAUCCGUUGUGUCACACGGGCGGACUCGCUUAUCGACCACGCCAUGAUACAGCAGCGGCACGCCCCUGGGAGGUGAGCCGCAAGCAGACACGCGCGAAAGACACCAUUGAACCGGUGCACAAACGCACAGAACGGCAAAAAGAAAGGCAGAGCUGCAAAGUCAACGCAGGGUCGUAUCACAGCGGGGUAAACCCUGGAGGAGAAACGACAGCGGAAGCAACAAAGUAACUUUGGCUUUUGUACAUUUGAAGCAACAGAUAUCUGUUCUGAUGCAGUAAAUGUGCUUACAUUUCAAAUCAAAACAACAUUUUUCAUCUUGCCACUCCCAGAAAGGUAGAAACAGCCGGCCUGCAUCUGUCCAAAGGCCCUCCAGCAUCUCUAAAGCUCACCAGGUUACAUUUUAUAUCUCACCUGUUCAUUCGUAUGUAUUAGCGCAGCUUGCCAGCAGCAAGUUACAUCAAUCACAAAUGAUAGAAAUAAAAAAAUGUAAAUCUUUAAGCAUUCUUCAACUCUAUAUACAUGCUAUGAUCGUGGCGGGUCGAGCUCUGUACACUUGUGUUUCGUAACUCUUGUAGAUGUGGUGAUAUCUUGUAUUGGUAGCAGACGUUUGUCAUGUCAGUGUUAGUAUACUCCAUGCACCAAACCCUGGAGCCAGAACGCCUAAAUGAAAAGCAGCCCUGCUGGACGUAGUGACCUGUGUUUAAAAAGUCUAAAUGCCUGCUGGGACACAGGCCCGUUGACUGUUGACUAAGCGGGCCCUCUCCUGCCUCCUGGCUUUGGUUUAGUCUUCUAUUAAAUAACACAUGAGAUCAGUUUUCAUGUUGCAUGCUCGCCGGACCUUUCUGUGCAUUCUAGUCUUUGCGAGGAGCCGUGGGAGAGUCCCUCCAGCCAUGAAGGUGGGGUUGGUAGCUUGUUACUUCUGUUAGAGGGUUCAACGCUAAUGUGGCCCGUCAGAGUUGUUUGCUGCAUCUUAGCUCUGAAUUGAGAGUGUGUUGUGUGUCUGUGUGUGUGUGUGUGUGCGUGUAUAUCUGCUAACUUACAUCUUGUGUACAGGCACAUAUAUAGUAGGUCAUUGAGGGGAGCUUUUUUCCCCCCUCUGUUGGGCACAUUCUGUAUUGCGCAGCUUAUCCUCCAUCAUCGUCUCCAGUCAAUAAUUCUCUCCUGUUCCUCUAAGCCAGGAGUCAGGGGUCUUGAAUGAGACCCAGACAAGAGGAAAAUGAUUGCUUUUCCCUGAGCCGGGGAAUCGAGCGUUGACUUCUGUGAGGAUGUUCAGUGUGGCGCUCACAUGGAGCAGAACAGAGAUUGGGGGAGAUAAUGAUUGUUUGGUGUAUAGCGGAGGUGGAGAGAAGGGUGAGAGCGCUAUUGAGUAAUUCCCUACUCCGGAGCUGGCAGCCUGUCAAAAUCGUACCCGACAAAAAGACGAGAAAGCCGAACCGCAAUGAUUGAUGUUCCUUCCCUCAACACAUUGUCUGUUGCAUCAUGGGAACACAGACACUAUAUUGAAUGUGUUGAGGAAGGCAUUAUGGCUCAUGGGUUGAGACAAGCACACACGACUCAUCAGCUUCACAGAGAAUGCUACAUGUCUGUCCUGUCUGACUGUCUGUCAGCUGGACUUCUUAUAACUUCAUAUCCAUGAUGUUUUAUUGUCGGAUAGACCUUGACCUGAACACCAGUUGAUUCGAUUUUUGUCAUAAUAUGCAUCUGGAAAUCCAAUUUUUUCCCUUUUUAAUUUGUGAGCAGAAAUAAUGUAGUUUAGUCUUUUUUUUUCCAGCUUCCACAGGCACAUUUUAGGGCAAAGAGAUUGUCCUAAAUUUGCAUUAAUUAAUUUAUUUUUGGCCACUUGGGGGCAGCACAACAAGCUGUACUGCACCGAGUCCUGAGGGAAACAUCUGGUCCUUUAGCGCAGUGCUGGGCGAGUACAGUGGGUUUUAGUGCUUUUUUGCUGCGGCUAAACCAAUCAUUUAGCAUGUGGACUGUAAAUCCAAAACGGUGAGUUGAAAGAUGCAAAAAAUACUCUGCGGAGCGAAGGGGAACUGCAGAGUCAGGUGUCACUGUGGGUUCGGCACUGUAAGCUGCAGCUUUUGUGUUUCACGUUAAAAAAAUGAAUUAGUGCUGCUUAAAGUUCUAGGAAUGACUUCCGUGGUUGUAAUAUCAUUUAGAGAAGGUUGUGGUUCCAGACAUUGUGCAAGAUUAAAAAUUUUUUUUUCAUUCAUUCUAAAGUAAAAUAAGCUCAACAGAAAGAGAAUCCAUGCUACAGUCACAAGCCUCGAGGGCACAGGUAGUAUUUGCACUUGGUGACGCCGUACAGGUAUUAGCUUCACAGUCUCGGUCCCUUUGACCUCUUAAGUGUUGGUGGAAUUCUAGCCUGCAUCAGCCCGUAGCCGUAUGACCAAUGCUUUUAUCAAUCCAGAAAGUUGGUGUUGUGGGUAAAUUGCUCCUGGGAGAAAAGCAGAUGGGAGAUGGUAUAAACAACCCUGGGUAAAAAGUGCCAUAAAGUGGCAGAGCUCUCUGCGUGCGGUGUGUAAUGCUGAUCCCUGCUGAGCGGCAAGAUGCGGCUAAUGGCUCAGGUAAGUGGUUCAGUGCUGAUUGUUGUGAAGGGGCCGAGGGCUUUGGCUGCACCGCCCCCUCACCCCACCCCCUAUGCUCUCCUCCUCUGGGGUUGUGUUUCAGGGAUUAGUGCGGACGUGGACGGCUGUCCGACACCUUGCUCUGCCUGAUUCUCCCUCAAAGCUCUGACGUGAUGUCCUCUGGCGUGAUGGCGGUGUCAAGUUCUCGUUGGGGGUCUCUUCCCCCGAUGAUGCGGUCUUUCCCUGAGAAAGCUGGGCAGUGUUUCAGUUCGAGAAAGUCCAUGCCAACAUCCACAGCCACACACACACACACACGCACACACACACACCCACGUGGGCACUCUCUCCAACGUAAUGUGUGGAAGUUAGUGCUGAGAUGCUGACUAUGGAAUAAUUCUCACUGAGAGCUGAGGUGUGCCCCGUUUAUGACCAGCUCAUUAUUCACUUCUCCCUCUCUGUGUGUACAUCACUCCUCCUUCGCCCUUUCCGUAUGCGGCCACUCCGUCACAAUGAAAUCACGCAAGUUGUCCCGGGUGGAGAGACUGUGGAAGGUGAGUGUGUUAAUUCUUUUCAGGUACACGUGUAACCCGUGUUUGCCUUUAUUUAAUGUUUGCCAUGCGGAGCAUUUUAGGGGCUUUCUACUUUCUAAUUAUGCUUCUAAUCGGUCUGUUGUUGAGCACUCGAUGGGCAUUUUUUGAAAGUAAUUACAGGCUGUUUCUAUGCAUGAGUUAGUGUCAGAGUUGUUCAUUUUAUAUAUUUAUUUUUCAAACAGUCUGAUGAUAUAAUGAGAACUUCAGAUGACAGCCCGUGUUGUAAGUUGUUAGAAUUUGAUGCAAAAUCACAGCUAUUAUAUCUAAAAAUGUAUCAGCUGGUAAAUUUAAACACCAGGCUCUCAGGGGACGCGCUGAUGGGCAACUUGGUGUUGUAAAGUUAUGUUAAAUACUACUAGAAAUAUCAAGUAUUAUGGGGAGAAAUAGAUUUGUGACUGAUUCAGUCACUGCUUUUUACCAUAUCUGCAUCCCUACUUUUUUUCGUGAAUGUCUUACUCGACUGCUGCAGUGAGACUUAAAAACUAAACCCAGACACACAGGAUCCAGCAUAGAAAUACCUUAAUGCACUUCCCCUACAGUCAUUAAUUGUGGUUAAGCAAAGGCUGCACUGUACAUGCACAGAGUGCUUCCUCAGUCCCCGUCGUGCAUUAUCAGCUUUUUCACUGUGAUACAUAUUUAAUAUUCACCACUAGACAAAGUUGGACCUCGACAGCACAAACGUUUGGUAAGAAUCGACGAUGGGAAGAGGUCAGUAUGUUGAUGUUUCUAAUGACAAUAAACUUUUCUCCCAAAUUUAGUUGAAUCUUAAUGCAACAGUUUAUUUAAAAAAAACUUGUCGCAAGCUUUGCCUUAGUACACUGGAUCUAGUUUCUGCAUACACCUCAAAUUUGAAAUGGAAAAUAGAAUUAUUUCGCCCGAAGGCACUUUUUGUUUUACUUGCUUGUGUAAAUUCAGGGCUUCCUGGUUGCCAAGGGGUUUAAGAAACUGACAGCAAACACAAUGUUCCCAAUUUGAGUCCUGCGAGCAAUGUCCGUCUCUUUCUCUCCUCGUGUGCUGUCACCUCUAUACUGUCUUCUCUCUCUAAUGAAGGGCAAACAGUGUCCCACAAAGAAUACUUGAGGCCGAAUCAUUAGGUUGCACACCACAUGGGCGCAGAUCCCCGGCUGGCCGGAACCUUUUCCUGCUUGUUAUUCUCCUACUCAUUUCCCCCACUCUUCUUGUAAAGUCUGAAAGUAUUAUUGAUGACUCAUCUUGACAUCAAAUGGGAUUUGGGGUGUGUAAUCAACCCGUCUAUCAUAUAAAAUGCGCUACAUGCGUUAAGCCAAGGCACCUUUUUUUUAAAACUAAACCCCACCCACUGCCGUUUCACUGUGACUUUAAUAAAACUAAAAUGUGUGAUUCACUCAGCAGUACUAUCUCAUUAGAGAUACUACGACAUAUAUCUUGGUGUUGGUAGACAGAUGUUUCACUUGAUGCUAUCAGCGACACACAGGGAGCAGGAGGCAACAAUGAGACGCUGUCUGGCUUUGAUAGAGUCAGGCUACAGCUUAGCAGCUGAUACUGAUCUAGCUGGGUAUCCUGGGGUUUUGUCCUUGUGGCUGCCUUGAUGCCUGAAAUAUGUAUUAGUUUUGACACGAUACGAGUUUGACACGAGCAUUUCAAAACUGCAUCCAAAUCCCCUGAGAGGCUGAGCUCUGGCAGAGAGCUGCUGGUGUACAAGCUGUCACAAUGUCUAUGUUUUCUGUGUCUCAAGUACAUAUUGCUGAUUAUAUCACCAAUACUGCUACUACAACUACUACUACUGCUAAUACUAAUAUGGACACUUUGGGAAUCAACUGACUUUUUCUCUAGUGCUGCCAUGAGAUUGAUGAUGUUGCUUUUGCAUGGAAUAGCUUGAAGUUUGGUACACACAUGUACAGCUUAGAAUGAAUUUUAAUGACUUGGGUGAUCCUUAAAAAUAUAAUCUAUACUCAAUACUACAUAUCAAUAUUACGUUUUAUGAGAAAAUAAGUGCAAAACUUAUAACAUACCAUCGAACACAAAACCAUCGGCCUCAGCUGUACUUUGUGAUUUGUGCUGAUUGGCAAAUGUCAGCAUGCUAACAUGCUAACAUAAGGUGGUUAUGGUAGUGAACAUUGCAGCUAAUUAUCAAUAUUUUAGCAUUGCCAUUGUGGCAAUGGUUCCAACAUUUGAAUGAUCAAGGUAAAGGGUUGUUCCUUUCAAAUUAUUUUCUCACCAUAAGUGCUGUCUGGCUAUGAAGAUAGUUUUUAGUUUUAUUUGGUCAGGUUUUGAGAUAUCUUUCUCUGGUUUCUACCCUACAUUCACCCCAAUACAAUGGAAAUGAAUGUAAUUUUGUUUGGAAUUCCCGCUUUUAUUUGAAUUGAAAAAUGACAACCUUCAUUUUGUAUUAUCCAAAGCUGUAGCACCACAAACUAAACUUCUUUUUCCGCCAUAGAACUGAGGUAGGGGCAGAAACCUCAUGAGACGAACAUCUCAAAGCCUGGCAAAAUGAGAUAACGUCCUUUCAACCAAAGUCGAUGAAGGUUUAAAUUACAAUAAUAUCCCUAGAAUAGCUUUGUGCCUGUUUUGGGUGGGCAGCGUCUUGGAUUUCUUUAUCUCCUUGUGCGCAAGACAAAGAAACAGGUUUGUGUGUGUGUGUGUGUGUGUGUGUGUGUGUGUUUGUGUGUGUGUUUGUGCGCCUCUCAUUUGGGUCUGAAGUAGUGAUAGAGAGAAUAAUUAAACAUAAACUAGAUUGCAUUUUUUUUUCUUCUGUUAUUUGGGUCCUUGGAGAGGCGGAGUAGCGAGAUGAUGAAAACCUUUUCAAACCCACGGUGAACGGGCAACGAUGGAGCAAUAUUCAUUCAGAUGCUACUAAUUUGCUUUUAAUCAAUCCCCUCUGUGACUCAACUACUCCAUUCUUAAUAAGAGUAGAACAGCACUGAUAUAUUAAUUAUCUUUUCCUUGUGAUUCAUUAUCACGUCCUUUUGGCCCACUGAAAUCUAUUUUUUUAUUUUACACCUGUGACUUUUGUUUCUUUGAUGAUUUGUAACUCCCUGAUCUGAAUAUACAGCACACGCUGCUGCUAAUUCCUUGUUUAUUGCCCUUGUGGCUGAGCUUUGUCUCCGACAAAUUUCCAUAACAACUCGCCGAAAUGCAUAACUCUAAACUUUGUUCUUCUUUUCAUUUUACGACCCUCUUGCAAGCCAUUGAUGAGCACACAUAAAGUUCAUGAGGCUCGUAAGUCUGUUUUACGAGAACUAAAUCAGCAGAUGGGUUAAUGCGCUGUAAAUGCACGCUGACUCACCCCGCUCGUCUCCUAAAGAAAUAAAUGCUCAUGUGACAUACUUAAUGAGCAACUUUACCGUUUCCUUGUUGACAUCAUUUCCUCGCUGUUGUGUUUUAUUAUCUGAGUCAUAUCCGUGCAGUGGAGCUGUGCUCAACAUCUGCUUGCUUAAUUUCUUUUUGACCACAGUUGCGUGAAGGUGCCUUUGGGUGUUUUCUUCAAAAGACACUUUGAUAGGAUGAACUCAUGAGAGACGCACGGGAAGUGGGAGACAUCUCGAGUUUGGCAGUUCAACUUUUGAACUGAAAAUAUUUGCAUAUUCACAUAGACGUACAAAAGGAGUACAAAAUUAUGAUUCAAGUCAAAGUAUUUCUCUAUGUCUUCAAAACAUUUCUGUAGGGGAUCUUGAAGGCUAAUUCAAAACGAGCAAGGCAUGAUUUGUGAAAUCAGUGGACAGGUGUUGCCGCGUAAUCAUUAAGUGCUCUAAAACUCUAUGGAUCAUCCUUUGUUAGGGAUAUAAACACGGUCAACCCUAAUAAAACAGAAGAUAAUUCAAGUAUAUCAAGAGUUAGUUAAAGAUGAACAUUAGGGACAGUUACUGUCAUGGCUGCAGGCCUUUUUCUCAGACGUCUCGGUGGACCUCUCUCUCUUCCGAGCCCCAAAAAGCUGUUGUCAUCUAAGCAUUGAGACUCUUUUAAAUCUUUUCUGUCUCCUAGCUUUUUGAGCAGAAUGCAUUAUCCUGGAAACGUUGCGGUCUACACUGUGUGCAGUGUCUGGUUUUGUGGUCACAAAGUUAUAAAUGUGAGGAGAUUUUGCAGCCUUGAGGUGGAGGAGGUUAUAUGUUCAUGGCAAACUAUUGUAACACGAAUAAUAAAUGAAGGCUUGUUUGGACAUCCUAUAAAUGGACUCAUGAGACCUAUUGUGGAGGCCAAACUGGAACUACAUUAUGAGCCUCCGAUACUGGCAACCUUAACACUGUAAUACUGUUUCUCCUCAGUUAUUUUCUUUUUCUAUGAAAAGUCCCAGUUUGGUCCCCAAGGAUGUCGUUUUGGUCAGAAAAUGAAAAUUAGUUUCUGUUUGAGUUUCAUCGCUGCUCUGUGGCGUGUUGUGCAGUCGAGAUAAUCUUUUUCCUCAGGAGAGAAUUUGUGAGUACAGGUAGUGGGUAGCUACUGGGAUGUUCCUUUUUUUCGGGUUCACAGGAGCGAAUAUUUUGGGCUGCGAUGUACGACAUACACCUUAUGGGGCACACAGCGACACAGUAGACUGUAGAGCAUAAUAAAAUGACUGUCAUGAGCCUGAGUCAGUCAGAGGAGGCAAUGUGAAACUGCCAUAAUGUAAAGUGAAUAACGAAGCUGGAAAAAGACACAACAUAAAAUAAACCAAUUUCAUCCUCUGUGGUCUCAUUUCCGUGCAGAUAUUAUACAAGGCUGUUUGAAUAAUGAAGAAUAUACUGUGCAAUGGGUCUCUUUAAAAUGCGGCUCAAAUACUGAUUGAAUGAAUGUACAGUUUUCUAUUCAGCAAUCAUGACAGGAAAUAAGAUGUGAUUCCCUCGAUUACGUCAAAUAGGAUUUAGUGGAAAAGUCAGCAUAGACAAUUGUAAAAAAAAAGGUUGCAUCCGAAAUUCCAUCCAUAUAAUUAUAAGUUUGUACAUUUUUAUGCCUCUGAGCCGGCGACAGCCAUGGCCAGAAGAAUUGCUAAUGAUGAUGCGGUGAUAUUGUGGAAAGACAUGGAUGUAAACAACAACAUGACUGGUUGGCAGAGGCAUACACCCGUGAGACGGUUAUUGUAGUUUACUUUAAGAAUGUAUUCCAAAACAACAACACAGGCUUUAGCAUCAUUACGUAACGAUAACCAACUAGUUCUGUUGUUAAUACUUAACAAGCAAGUAUGACCAGUGCAGCCUUCCUAGAAAAACUGUUAAGUAUUGAUGGGGGUCAAGGAGUGAGAUUCAGAGGCUCGGGAAUGAUGUAAAAGUAAAUGUCAUUUUUUAUAGCGUGUGUGCGUCUGUGUGUCCAAACAUUUCCAGACAAGACAAUGGUAGAUUAAUUGCUUCCCCCUGAAAGUCCUCUCUUGGUAAAAGACCAAUAAUGAGUCUGAUUAAAAACUUGUGCACUUGUUAAUCACCCCUCUGUAACAUCCAGACAGUGAAAAAACUACCUCUGCCUGCAGUCUGAAAACUUCUCUGCCUUUUGUCACUCAUGUAGGCGUGUGUUUUCUCUGGGCCGGAUUGAUGUCGUUGAAGUGUACAGCAAUGAUCUGUGAUGAACUCUGAAGCACGGCCCACAAGCCGGCACUGUCCUUAACCUGAGAUUUAUGGCCGCGGCUCGGCAGACGAGGAGUGGCGAUGCAAAUAGCAGUAUUUACACUCGGUGAAUGCAAGCGCUGCGGCUAAUCUGACAGCUGAGGGAACCACGGCGGGCCAGAGGGCGAAAGGGAUGUGACUGAUGAUUGAGUUGGCCGGGCUGACAGCAGGCGGCACGGCCGAGUGGAAACAGCUUGUUCCUAAAUCAGCAGCCAUCGUUGAUUGAUAGGAUUUUAUUGCCAUUGUGCAUGAGAACAAUUUAAAAUGACAGUGUUCUAUUUUCAUUUAUUUUCAUUGCAUUUGAGUGGUCCACACACAAAAAGUCUCCCCAACACACACUCUAGAGUGCAUACUUCCCCGACAGAACAUUUUGAAAGUCAAACAGCAAGCACAGUUUAAUGAUACAGCAAACAGUCAUCUCAGUUAUGGUGUGCAUACAACUGAAGUGCAACUGGUGUAUCUGUUUAUAGCGCAACCAAACAAACACAUGUUUUAAUAUAGAAGUCAGUCAACCAUAAUUGCAACCGGGAUCUGGGUUCAAGCUGCACAUGCUGCAGGUGUUACCUUGCUGAGGAGUUGUAGAUGUGCAGCUGUGGCUCUCCAUCUAACAGCUGUCUUCUUGUUCCAUCACUCCCUGCAAUCUUUUUGCUGAAAUAAUGACCUUCGUAUAAUUUUGUAGCUUCAACUUUGAUUGACAAUUGCAGGUGACGCUGUCUGCAGGGACGUGCGUUGCUUGUUCUGUGGCUCCUUUACAAUAAAAAAAUCACUCCAUGUUCAGGGAUUAGGGAAUGGUGGUAGGGCUGGGCGACAUGGAGAAAAUUUUUGACCAAAUAUCCCUAUAUCAAUAUUGCAAGGAUAAGGGUUGACCAUUGGUGCUUUCACAACAUAUUUAUACAAUACAAUUUCUGAUAAAUAAUCAUCAGCCCUGAAUUACCAAUAAAAACUAACUCAUAGAGAGAUAAUCACUGAAUAUAAAGACAUUGGUUGGCUAUGGCAGAAAUAAAUGGCACAGAAAACCGGGUUAGAUUUCAUUAAAAUGUUUAGGGUUGUAACUCUAAACUGCUGGACUAUAUUCACUCCUUUUUAUUUGCAUUCCAACCCAACAUGGUUUAAUGCUGAUUCAGAGCCACACUGCCAGUAAUGAAACAAUGGUGAGGAAAUAGUGAACACUAUAUUCAUUAAUGGCCUAAAAUUUGUUAAAAUUAAAAAUACUGCAAUAACCCCAAAAUAAUACUAUACGCACCAUGUUGGUGUUUUUUUUAUGUAGCUGCUAAAAAUCCAAAUUCCCAAACAAAAUGCAGAUGAAAUGCCCUCCGUGUCCUCAAUAACUCUGCUGAGAGAUGUUCUCUGCCAAGUAUAAAAUACACUAAAUACUAAAAGGGAGAAGGUUACAUUUUCACAUGCUGACUGUCGGCACAUGAUAUUGAACAUUACAAAUCAAAGCCCGAAGCGUGGGUUGCUGAAACACCACUGCAAAAGCAAAAAACCACACACAGUUUAGACUAAAUGUGAAAAUUAUACUGUUUGCAAAGGUGCACUGCGUUAGAUUGCACAGGUAUUAUGAUAUUACAUUAUGUUCAUCGCCGUUACGAUGAUAUGCUGUCUGCACGUUAUGGCAAAAAAAAGAAAAGCCUCAGGGAUGCAUUAAUACAAAAACAUAUUGGAUGAUGAUGUGCUGCCUGGCAUUGUUGGUUUUAAGGGGCUGUGGCUGUGUGAGGCUUUCUGCUCUGCUGUUAGGGCUGAUAAUGAUCGGUUAUCAAACAAAACUGUACCGGCCUUUGUUAGGCGCCCUCAUUUCUCUCUCGCCCUUUUCUCUCUUUGACUUCAGUCUGAACUGACCGAUGGCCACGACUGCAGGCAGCGCUGGUCAGGGAUUCACACAUUUAGAUUCUCUUUCCACAAUCUCCUUCAUAAGAAAAGGUUUUUCUGCCAUGAAUCAGGAAAAGAUUUGCAUUUUUAGUAACUGCACGGCCCCCACCAACUUACAAGUUAAUGUCUUCAUAAUAAUCUCUAAUUUGUGUCGAUGUUUUUUUGUAAUAAAAUAAACACAAGCCUCGGAGUGGAAACGAUUAAACGAGGAAUUGUCCUGCGAGAAAUCUGCUGAAUAUUCAUUUCUUUACCAACAUAAAGAUGUCAGACAACAAGUGAUCACUGGGGGGAGCUAGCAUGCAGUGGAAGACUAUCCCAUUGUUUAUUGACAGAUAAAUAAAUGAUUGUUUGUUGGUCCCCCAGACAGAAAGGGGGAAAAAAAAGACGCUGUCAAUAACUUCAACAGCCCUGCACAUUCCUUGCUUGGUGGAAAGUGCUUGUUUAAGGGCUUUGGAUUUAUUUGACAGGGCUGCCUCGAGAUGUUGUCUCAGGCAGCACAUAAACCACUCGAUGAUAGAACUGAAUACAAAUGAAAAUGAUGUCAAUUAGCUGAUAAAAAUGUGGUUCAAAAAAGCUCUGAAGGCUCGCUCUGACCCCUCAUGGUUGCAUUAUCUUUUACUUCUCCAAUUAAGCCUGCUUGUGUGUUAUUUAUUUUUCUUCAUUUCGUUGUUGCCUGGAACCUACGAGUAAUGGGUUGUGAUGAUCAGUGGUGGUGCCCCUCAUUGUGUUUGGGUUUCGUCUCUUGUUUAUUGGAGCUUGGCAGGUCCCUCUGCUCCCCACAUUUGUUGUUUUUGUCUAAUGCGGUGUGUUUAUCUUGUUAAAUGUCCGGCUGCCUUUCACCUCUCUUAAAACGUUGUUGUUUUUGUGCGGCUAAUUUUCAGGUGCUCGCAUCCCCUGACAUCGGGUUGAGUUUAAUCUGUCAGUGAGCGACUCAUGAGUGAAGUCUUAUAAAUAGGGAGAGUAGAGCGACUGUCACACAUUCGAGGAUUAAACUGUAAUCUUGAAUUGUGAAAUUAAUUUCAUUUGUAAACAAUUUUUUCUCAUUUAUUGGGAUAUCUAUGCAGAACAGACCCAAUUACAUCUGCUUUUAUACCCCAGCUAGAUUCAUUUGAAUGUAUUUGGGUGAAAAGGAAACCAGACUCUCUGCUCAUGUGUCGGUGGAGCUGUCCACAGCAGUGGUGCUGAAAUCAUUGUUGGCACUGAGCUGGUCGUGCAGCUCCCUGAGGCCAAGUGUGGAGCUGCGCAGUGACAACAGUGCCAAAUGGGUUGGUACGCUGUCUGGCCUUUUUAAAGUCCAUUGUCAGAAUUGCCCUGCCGCAGAAAUGUGUUUCCCUCUACAUUUAUUGCUUGAAUUUCUUUCUAUUCUAUAUUUCCUCAUUUUUUUCCCUUUUAUCCUGCUCAGAGGCACCAUAGAAUUAGGCCAAUCACGACUUAUUGUGGUAAUAUAAUAUGCUUCCCAUUAACUUACCUAUAAUCUUUAUUUGCGGUAUUGUUACUUAUUAUUGUGAUUGUGCUUAUCCAUGGGCGUGCACUCUAUUAUAUAACAAUUAAUGAUGCAUAAAUUUGACUUUUUCUCUCUGGUACAGAUUCCGAUACCUCAGCGCAGGGAAUCCAAGUAUUCUAAGAGGGAGAUGACAUGAGGAGAGAGAUCAUUGUGCCGUUAUAAACUGAGAAAGGGUCCCCCAGUCACCGAAUAUAUGUAACUGGCAGCGGAAAAUAUAGAUUAUUUUAAUGACAUUGAGGAAGAAACUGUAUUCAAUCUAGAUCACAUAAUCAACCUUGCAGAAUGGAUUGGUGCGGCCGUACUUACACGGCAAUCCGUAGGCAUCUCUGUACGUCCCAAAUAUGAAGAGAAAUAUUAUGUUUUUCUUAUAAUAUGCAAAUUGAGCACGUCAUUUACUUUGUAAAUGGUGCCAAGUACACUUUAUACCCUAACAGUGAGAGCACAGAUUUUGGUCUAAAGAGAUCUGUCCACAAACAAAAGGAACAAAAUCCCCCAAAAUGUAAUCAUAAUGAAAUUAACGUUUUCCCUACUUGGGCUGAUAAAAAUGUACUAUACUUUUGCCUAAUCUGACUAAAUGAUCUGGCAGCACUUCAUGUCUUCAUGUUCAUUAUUUCAUAAUGAACAAAAGUGUGAUCUCAGAAUAAGCUUGCACAGAUGAAUUUCCUGGAGCAAUCAAAAAUAUUUCAUGAUUUACUGUAACAUUUAUGAUAAGCAUCAUUUGGGAUUUAAGAUAAAAAAAUGGAUGAUUUUACUCUGAAGUUUAGACAUUGCUCUGUUUAUUCUUGUGAAAACAACAAACCCCUUAAGAUGAUAGUGAAGGCACUGCCACCCAUUACAACCAAGACAUUGUACUGAUGCCAAACACAAUCUCCCCUCUGCCGUCGACGCACGUUUCCCUCCGUCUUAUCUCAGAGCGUUCAGCUCCUUUCCCUCCAACAGAUGACUGGUUCAAAAAGCCAGGAGCUCCGCAGAGGCUGCUCAUGGCUUCUGAGGAAAAGCUCUCUUCAGAACCAGAGGGCUACGCACGUGUAUAUGCGUGCAUAUAUGCGUGUGUGCGUGUGUGCGAGCAACACAAAUAAGGCAGGCAAGCUGUGCUAACAAUAAUGUGGAUCGUGUGUGUGCACAGAGAUGUGACACACGGUGAGAGAGUUACAGCACAAACAAUGUUUUGUUGGGAACGGAAACUAUUUCUGCUCUAUGUGGGAGGACGGUAGCACUGCUUCUCAAGAGCCAGCCCAGCAGCAACCCUUUGUUUUAUUGGCAGACAAUACAGCAGUAUUGGCUUAGAAUAUAGCGGAGUUAGUGUGAUUUGUAUUAGUAUAUAUGCAAAUCCUAAACUGCAAUGCACAGAACACGGUCAGUCACGAAUGUAUACUGUAUAUGUAUAUUUAACCAAGAUAAGACUGCAGAGAAGACUUUUGCACUAUUGGAGCUCCAAACUUUUGCUAAUGAAGGAAGUUGUUGCUUCUUUUUGUCCCCAUUUUUGUAUAGUUUCACGAUGCUCUAAAUUACACAUUUUUGAAGAUAUUGAAGAACAAAUGAUUGUUUCCAAUCUGACAUGUUUUACUUCUUUUAUUUUGAUGUUGAAAAAUGAUGUCUGAUCCUCCCGUCGUUGAUUGCCCAUGCAUGCACAUGUGCGCCUCAGUCCUAUCCAUAACUUCAAUAAAUUCAUGACUAAACGCGGCACGCUGUAGGCGGGAGUUUUGGGAGCGGCGGGUGAUGACACUGCCACUCCGAAAGGCAAGCCGAACCUCCCACAUCGCAGCCGUCCACAGUUUCCUGCACAUCAGCUGAACCCUGCGCUGUCUGCACCCACGGUCUCUGACAUUAUUCUAACAAAUCACUUGAUAUCCUUGAACACUUGGUACGUCUCUCUCUCUCUCUCUCUCUCUCUCUCUCUCUCUCUCUCUCUCUCUUGGUCUGCGUCUCUCUCUCCGCUUCAUUAUUCUGCACCUGUCAACGGCGGACGCCGGGCGCGCGUUCCUCUUCUUCUUCUUCUUCUUCCCUCCUUCCCCUCUUUAUUCGCCGUCAUGACUUCUGGAAAAGACGCGAACGGGCCGGUGAAAGCGGCUCAGCAGCAGGACCAGGACCUGGUCGGCAGCGCUCCGCCGCAGAGGAACUGGAAAGGAAUCGCCAUUGCCCUGCUGGUCAUCCUCAUCAUCUGUUCCCUGAUUGUCACCUCCGUCAUCCUGCUGACCCCUCGUGUAGAUGACAGCCUCGCCCUGAAGAAGAAAGUGACUAUAGAGGAUGUUUUUGGUCCGGACCUUCACAUCCAUGACCCAGAUGCCAAAUGGCUCAGUGACAAUGAGCUUCUGUAUCGUACAAGGAAAGGGGAUGUUGUCAAGCUUAAUGUUGACACAAAGGAGGGAACUGUUAUCGUUCUGAACCAGUUGUUUGACAGAGCCAGAGCCGCCAGGUACCAAGUGUCUCCAGACAUGCAACAUGUGUUGUUCGCCUUUGAAGUGAAACCGAUCUACCAACACUCCUAUGUGGCCAAGUACAUUAUAUACAGCCUCGUGACACAGGAGACUUGGCCUCUGAAGCCCCCUGAAGUGCAUGAAGCCGUCCUGCAGUUUGCUGGAUGGGGACCCCGAGGCGAGCAGCUGAUCUUCAUAUUUGAAAACAACAUCUACUACAGAUCGACUGUGGAUAACCGAGCGAUCCGCCUGGUUUCCACUGGUAAAGAGGGAAUCGUGUUCAACGGCCUUGCUGACUGGCUGUAUGAGGAGGAGAUCCUGCAGACACACAUAGCCCACUGGUGGUCUCCAGACGGGCUGCGUCUGGCAUACAUGACCAUCAAUGACACACUGGUGCCAAAUAUGGAAGUUCCCUUCUUCACAGGAAUGCCGUACCCUGCCACCUUGGAGUAUCGCUACCCAAAGGCUGGGGAAGAAAACCCAGUAGUUCACCUGUCGGUGGUGAGCCUCAACGGUCCCCUGCACACCGUGGUGAUGAAGAAACCUGAUGACCCCCGGAUAGGGAGGGAAUAUUACAUCACUAUGGUGAAAUGGGCCACCAGCACAAAAGUGGCUGUCAACUGGCUGAACAGAGGCCAGAACAACUCUAUCCUGACACUGUGUGAGGCUACAACUGGAGUCUGCAUUAAGAAACAUGAGGAUGAGAGUGAGAGCUGGUUGCACAGACAGAAUGAAGCGCCGCUCUUUUCCCAUGACGGACACAAGUUCUUCUUCACCAGAGCAAUCCCUCAGGGUGGGAAAGGAAAGUUUUUCCACAUCUCUAUGUCCACCUCUUUGCCUAACACUAGCACAGACAUACUUCAGUCCUUGACCUCUGGAGACUGGGACGUCACCAGGAUCCUGGCCUACAAUCAUGAAAGGAACCUCAUAUACUUUCAGAGCACAGAGGACGACCCCAAGCGACGGCACUUGUACAGUGCCGACACGAUCCCUCCGUUCAACCGCUGCUGCCUGUCUUGUGAGUUCAAGUGUGGCUAUGUGGACGUUUCAUUCAGCCACAACAUGCAGUACUACUUACUCAACUGUAAAGGUCCAGAUAUACCGAGUGUGGCUAUCUAUAGCACCGAAGACAAACAGAAGGUGUUUGACGUGGAGACAAACGAAAGGGUCAACAACACGUACAACAAUCUGCAGAUGCCCAGAGUGGAGUACGAGACCAUCACCAUAGACGACUACACUCUGACAAUGCAGAUUCUGAAGCCAGCUGGAUUUGUAAAUACAGCCCAUUACCCCCUACUGCUGCUGGUGGACGGUACGCCUGGCGGGCAGAUGGUGUCGGAGCAAUUCCGGGUAGACUGGGCCACGGCUCUGGUCAGCAGCUUCAGCACCAUUGUCAUCCGCUUCGAUGGCCACGGCAGUGGCUUCCAGGGCACCAACCUUCUGCACAAAGUUAAGGGGAUACUGGGAAGACAAGAGGAGAAGGACCAGCUGGAGGCACUCGGGUUUAUAUCCAAAGUUCCUUAUAUUGAUAACAGUCGAAUGGGAGUUUAUGGAAAGGCCUAUGGAGGAUAUUUAGCCACGAUGCUUCUGCGCUCUGAGGAGUUUCCCCAACUUAAAUGUGGAACAGCAGUCUCCCCCAUCACAGAUUUCGAGCUAUAUGCAUCUGCAUUUUCAGAGCGAUACCUCGGCUCAAAGACAGACUCACGAGUAUAUACGACGGCCAAUUUAGCACACAGACCUGGUCAGCUUCUGCAGAAGCAGUACUUGAUAAUUCACCCGACUGCUGACGAAAAGGUUCACUUCCAGCAUACAGCCAAAUUUAUCAAUCAUCUAAUCAGCGAGAAGGCCAAUUACACUCUACAGAUCUACCCGGAUGAGGGACACUUCCUACACAGUGAUGGGAUACAGCAGCACCUGAGCCAAUCCCUGGUCAACUUCUUCGAGGUGUGUUUCCGGGUGCCGGAGAUACUGACAGAAGAGCAGCCAGACGAGGACAGCAGUUAAACACGCUCCUCUGAGCAAGCCCCCCGGCUAUAGCACAAUAUGCAUCAGAUCCUUCUUACCCAAUCAACCCACACCACGUUGCUGUCCAAUCCGAUUUGAGCUGCCCUGUGAAGCGCAGCACCUGCAUGUGGCCCAAGGGACCCCAGCAUACAGCCCUUCUCCUCACCUCGUGCUGGCUGCUGGUCAGAAAGUCUAAAUAAAUCUCAGAUGUGAACAGUCACGUCUCUCUCUGCUAUUGGAAUAUAUGAACUAGUCCUCCCUCUAGUGGACAAAUAGAGGAUCAAUAUAUCGGCCACUGAUCAAUGCGUCUCCAUUCCAAACAAGGCACAUUAAUUGGGCACUUUGCGGCACAAAAUACCCCUCGGGAAGAUCAGUUCAUUCUUUUGAGAUUUAACUUCUGAAAGGCCACCGGUUUCUGAUUACCUUGCCAACCAAUUUACUGAUUAUUCUGUUCACGAGUAUGAUUACUGCUACUUUCUCAGAAUGUCUCUGUUCAGUGUUGUGUCUUUGAGUGAAUGUCUGGCUGCAUCAGUCCGUGUAGUUGCUUUACAAAACAAGGGCACAAUGUUUAACUUGCGUUGUACUACAAAAAGUGUCGAUCCCUGAAAUGGUAUGGAAUCGUAUCUUCCGUCGUCAUAUCUCUGAAUUGAAUUCUUGUUCUUGGAGUCACUGUGCCUUACCGUGGGUGAAAUGUUGGUGUUGGGGUCCGACAUGACAUUGGAAACGAGUGGAUAUGGAUAGGCCUCGUCUGAACUGUGGACUCGAAACCAGAUGAUUUAAUUUUCCUCAAGUAAUGGCCAGUUAUUUGAGAGGUAAGUUAAAAUCCCAAGUUGUGGCACAUUUGAUCUCAAAACAUGGAAAGAACUAAAUACAAAAUAAUUGUACAUCAACUUGAAAUAUGGUGUUUUCCUGAGAAAAAGUAUUUAGUUUGCAAAUAGUUAUUUCACAUUCUGGUGAGUUAACUACGCUGAAUUUACAUGAUUUUGUUAAUAACUUUGACUUGUAUUUUAAAUGGAUUGAUUCUCUCCCCAUGUCACUUCUGUUAGUAUUGUCAGUGGUUUCUAGUCAGCUGAUGUACAAAGUGUAUAAAUCUUAUAUUGUUUAAGUCUUUAUGUUGUAUGUGUAACUUGUAUAUAAAGCAUUUUGAAAUGUAUCUUUCGUUGGCUGUAUUCUUUUACAAUUCUGGUGCAAUACAACACAAUAUAUUAUAUCUCUUUCAUGACUUAUUUCAACAUGCUCUACAAUGAGACUUUAGAAUGAAUUACUUCAAAUGACUUUUUUUGGACAUGCUAUACUAUUACUUUUUCUGAAACAUAAUAUGACUUAUUUGCUACACUAUGACUUUUCUAUGACAGGCGAUAUACUGUGACCGUUUAGGAAUCUUUCGAUAUGCUAUAACUUUUC